ACAUCACAAAUAGCAGCUGCAAUGGCGUCGUAAGUUUGUUUUGAUAGGAUCAGCUGAUUUCGUUCAGUGUUGUUUGUAGUUUUUCUCUCUCGUUAACUUAAUUAUUACAGGAAAAUAAUAAAAAAGAACAUUUAACAAGAUGCCCUGGUAUUUUCCAUGGUCGGAUGCAAUAAAAAAAAGGGCAUGUCGUUAUCUUCUUCAACGAUAUCUUGGUCAGUUCUUGAAUGAAAAGCUUUCUCUAGACCAGCUUAGUGUUGACUUGUAUAGUGGAAAAGGAACUAUUACAGAUUUGUAUUUGGAUGUGGAGGCCUUAAAUGAACUUGGAGAAACUUACAAUUUACCCCUCGAAUUUGUUGAUGGAUAUAUAAAUUCUAUAUCAGUAUCCAUACCAUGGUCAGCAUUGCUUACAGAGAACAGUGUUGUUGUUGUUAGUGGUUUGAUGAUGACAAUUCAACCCAAGCAGCGAUCUGAAGAUGUAUCAAUGUUCGACUCCAUGUGGGGAAGUAUGACUAGCAGUAUGCAGCUUGCAGAGGAAUGCUUAAAACAGCAAUCAUCAGAAAGUGAAAAAGAAGCUGAAAGUUCUCAACCUUUUGAAGGCCUAGAACUGUUUGCUCAAACUAUUGAAACAGUCCUCUGUCGGAUCAAAGUCCAAUUUGUAGACACGGUGAUACGACUUGAACAUGUUCCACAAGAAAGCAAAGCAGGGGUAGCUCUUGAAGUUCAUGUGAAAAAGAUUGACUACUUUGAUGAGGCUGGAGUAGAAGAAAGUACUUCUCCAGAUAGUUUUUCUCAAAGGAAUGUAUAUGAACCAGCAGCUUAUUCAAUCAAGAGGUUUUAUCUGGAAGGCUCCAGUAUCUUCACAGAUGAAUUCCCUUCCAAGUCACGGACUUAUGCUCGCUCUAUGUCCACAUCAAACAGAUCUUCUCCAGAAUGUAAGUCCUCUGAAGGUGCUACAAAUAUCCCCAGUUCACCUGAGAUGCCUCCUUCUCAUUCAGAACUUAGUAACGAAAAGGUAUCCCCAGAGACUGAACCCGAAUCUAACUCUGACCCCAUUCUUAUCUCCAGAUUGUCUGGUCGACAGCAGAUUAAACUUACUCUGCGACAUCAUGAGACAACUUCAGGACCAAAGGUGGAAGUGGAAUUUCACUUUGGCCCAGUGGCAGCAUUACUCACACCACGUCAAGUUCACAUACUGUUUGAGUUAAUGAAGGGACUAGCUCGGCCUGACACUGAAGACACUUCGAAUGUUUUACCAAACCGUACAAAUCAAAGCAAGCCAAUGGCCCCAGCAGACUAUGCUCUUGUUGAACAAGAGCUUCAACGGCAACUGAAACAACCAUGUUUUCCAACACAUGCACUCUUUCCUCAGAAAGGCUGGUCAACUCAUUCACUUGAUGACUCAGAUGAAGAAUUUUUACCGAUGACAACAGGUGGUGUAAUGGGUAGUAGUGGAAUAUCUGAUAAGGGAACAAUAGCUUCAGAAAUGGAAACUUCUCAGUGUAGUAGUACUAGUAGCGGUACGAUUAAGUCUUCUGCAUCUACUGGAACCUUUUCACAAAAAUCAACAGCACCAAGGAGAAAAACAAGACCAACAAAAUCUAGAGGUCAGUAAGUUUUUUUUAAUAACUUCUUUUUCUG